AUGGCACGCUUCGGCUGGCUGCUGGCCCUUCUCCCCUUCGCCCAGGCCAUUGAGCCGUCACCGUCACGGCCCUGGGAGUCUUACAUCAAAUCUCCGUCAACCCGCCUCGUCCCCCCUAAACAAAUCCACGCCAUCACCUCUGACGCCGAGGUAACGACCGCUCAAGAUGGAUCCUACAUCCUCACCCUCCCGGCAAACUCCCAAAUCUCCCUCGAGUUCCCCUACGUUGGCGGCCUCAUCUCCCUAAACACAUCAACAAACGUCACCAACAGCACCACCGCGCACUUCUCCCUCGCCUUCGCCGAAUCCCCCUCCUUCGUCCGCGAGAUCUCAGACGACACAGGCGCCGUCCCGACCCAGGACUACGACAAGGCCCUCAACGUCUCCCUCGCCGCGUCCCAGACCUCCUACAAGAUGCCCACGGAGCGCUUCCGCGGCGGCUUCAAGUACCUCACCAUCCACGCCUUCGCGCCCGUCACCCUCUCCAACAUCAUCUGCCACCUCGCCUACUCCCCCUCCCAGCCGGACCCCUCCGCCUACCACGGCCACUUCCACACCCCGGACGACGACCUCCUCACCCGCGCGUGGUACGCCGGCGUCUUCACCGCCCAGACCAACAUCGCGCCCCCCAACACCUCCCGCCACCUGCCCCAGGUCAACCCCGGCUGGGCCUACAACGCCACCCUCGGCGCCGAGGGCCCCAUGCUCCUCGACGGCGCCAAACGCGACCGCGCCGUCUGGCCCGGCGACCUCGGCAUCGCGGGGACAACGGCCUACCUCGGCCUCGGCGCCGUCGGCCUCGAGUCCGUCUACUACGCCCUCGAGACCAUGUUCAUGUACCAGAACGCCACCACCGGCGCCCUCCCCUUCGCCGGCCCGACCACCGGCUCCUGGCGCCGCGGCGCCCGCAGCGACACCUACCACGCCUGGACCCUCAUCGCCUGCUUCAACUACGCAAUCUUCACCAGCAACGCCUCCUGGGUCGACGCCCACUGGCCCGGCAUCUCCUCCGGCGUGUCCUACAUCCUCCGCGCCCUCGACGCCAACCCCAUCAGCCUCGCCGAGCAGGUCGAGCCGAACGACUGGGCCCGUCUCGGCGGCGGCGGCUUCAACUCCGCCCUCAACGCCCUCAACCACCACGCCCUCGUCUCCCUCGCCUCCCUCGCCGCCGCCACCUCCCGCCCCGCCGACUCCCGCGCCUGGUCCGCCGCCGCCUUCCGCCUCAAGACCGCCUACAACGCCGUCCUCUGGGACCCCGCCGCCUCACUCUACCGCGACAACGAGACCGAAGCCGGCGCCCUCCUCCACCCGCAGGACGGCAACGCCCUCGCCCUGCUCUACAACCUGACCACCUCUGCGUCCCACGCCGCCGCCCUCUCCGCCGCCCUCACCCGCAACUGGAACCCCAUCGGCCCCGUCACCCCCGAACUGCCCGACACAGUCUCCCCCUUCAUCUCCAGCAUCGAGGUCCUCGCGCACUACGCCGCCGCCCGCCCCCUCCGCGCCCUGCGCCUCAUGCGCCGCACCUGGGGUUACAUGCUGGACGCUCCGCAGAUGACGGGCGGCGAGACCCUCGUCGAGGGCAUGUCCGCCAACGGCUCGCUGUACUACCGCUCGCGCCGCGGCUACAACUACGACGCGGCAUACACCUCCCUCUCCCACAGCUGGUCCACGGGGCCGACGCAGGCGCUGAGCUUCAAGGCUGUCGGGCUGGAGGUUGUCGGGUGGAAGAGGUGGGUGUUUAGGCCUAUGCUGGGCGAUUUGAAGAGUGUGAGGGCGGCGUGGGGUGAUGGCGGCGGUGCUGGAGGGGAAUUCGGGGCCAUUGUGGAGGCGAGAGGGGAUGCGAUUGAGGCGGAGGUCUGGACGCCGGAGGGGACAUCAGGCGAGGUUGAGUUGGGAUGCGAGGUUGUGUUUGUGAAUGGGAGGAAAUUGGACGGAGUUGUUGAAGGUGGGAAGAUGAAACUGAAAUGA